AUGAAGCACUCUAUUCCAGAGGCGUUUCGGGGUUCUAUUUCCGAGGGUCAAAGUGCAAAGAAAUUCCUUGAGGAAAUUGAGCAAUACUUUGCCAAAAAUGAAAAGGCGGAGACGAGUAACCUUUUGGCCAAACUCAUCUCUAUGAAGUAUAAAGGUAAAGGAAACAUAAAGGAGUACAUUAUGGAGAUGUCCAAUCUCGCAUCAAAACUCAAGUCACUUAAGUUAGAGCUUGGUGAAGACCUGCUCGUGCACUUGGUUUUGACCUCGCUUCCUGCACACUUUGGGCAAUUCAAAGUGAGCUAUAACACUCAGAAGGACAAAUGGUCCCUCAAUGAGCUUAUAUCUCACUGUGUGCAAGAGGAGGAGAGGUUGUAG